CACAUCCUCACCCUCACACCACACACCACACACCACACACCACACACCACACACCACACACCACACCCGCGUCUUCCCAACAUGACGCUGGACGGUACAUCUUCCUCUGCGCUGCACAUCAGCUACCCAGCUAACAGCGCAGCCACAUCGCGCACCACCAGCCGCGUAUCCGUGCAUCCAGUCGCCCUGUUCAGCAUCCUCGACCAUUACCUCCGUCGCAGCGACCCCGAACCCGCUGCGCCAAAGGACGCGGGCGAUCAGUAUGGCGCAACAGCAGCACCAGCAGCACCAUCAUCGAAGCCCUCUGCCGCUGCUGCUAGCAGCACCACUGCGGCGAACCCCACUCGGGUCAUCGGCACGCUGCUGGGCACGCGCGUAGAGAACGAGGUGGAGAUCAGGAAUUGCUUCGCAGUGCCUCACCACGAGACGGACGAGCUGGUGCAGGUGGACAUGGACUACCAUCGUCAGAUGCUCGAACUGCACCAGCGCGUCAACCCGGAAGAGAUCAUCGUCGGAUGGUACGCCACAGGCCCAUCGCUCAAUACGUACAGCUCCCUCAUUCAAGACUUUUACUCUCGCGAGACGCUGCCCAACCAGGCAGUGCACCUCACAGUCGACACGGAUGUCGCCAAGGCCAACACGGGCGUCAAGGCAUACGUCAGCGCGCCCCUCGGACUCACACCAAAAGCAGAGAGCGCGGUGUUUGUGCCUCUUCCCGUCACCCUCCUAUCCUCGCUGGCCGAAAAGCCUGCCCUCUCCUUGCUGGCCAGCACCACCGCGCCUCAGCAGCACGGAGGAGGUGUCAUGCUGUCGGACAUGGACGCGCUAGCAGCUUCACUCAGACAAGUGCAGAGCCAGCUGACCCGCGUACUGCAGUACGUUCGCGACGUCAUCGACGGAAAGAGAAAGGGCGACCCGGUGGUGGGCAGGUAUGUCAUCGAUGCGGUGUCCACCGUUCCCAUCAGCAGUUCCAGCGCCAUAACCCAAGACGGUGCAUCACAGCUCGAAUCGCUUUUCAACAGCCAUCUCCAGGAUGUGCUCAUGAUCUCUUACCUCGCCAACGUCGUCCGUGCACAAGCAGAAGUAUCCGCCAGACUUGCCAUCCUCACUUGAGCCAGUCACGUGUGCUCGCCGAAAAACACACACACACACAUGCGAACAGCUCUGGUCAUCACACACACACACACACACACACACACACACACACAAUGUAUUACAUGCGCGUGCACGCUGCUUGCUC